AUGGCCAGCGAGUCUUUAUUUCCCGUCUCCAGUUCCAAGCUUGAUCUGCGCGGACAGCAAUUCCGCCAGAAUGAAACCGCAUGGGCGCCGGUGCUGGAGCGGUUCGAAGCAGCUUUGGGGGAGGUCGCCGAGGAGGGCACCGACCACUCUAUGCGGAGACACCAGUCGAGAGGCCAGCUCUUAGCCAGGGAUCGUAUUUCGCUGCUCUUGGAUCCCGACUCACCGUUCCUCGAACUGUGCGCGUUCGCGGGAUACAAAAACCCCGACUCGAACGCGUGUGGCAAUCUAAUUGCUGGCAUCGGGGCAGUCAGUGGUCGACCAUGUCUUCUCAUGUCCCAUAUUCCCACUCAAAGUGGUGGGGCUUGGAACGAAAUGACGGUGUUGAAAGUCAACCGUAUGAUGGAGGUGGCUUUCGAAAAUGACCUGCCUUUGGUCUCUCUGGUCCAAUCGGCCGGGGUGUUCCUACCCCAACAGUUCAGAGUCUUCCACAAGGGAGGCAUGCUGUUCCGCGAUCUCGCCGUCCGGACAGCACACGGCAAGCCAUCGUGCGCCAUCGUCUUUGGAUCAUCGACGGCCGGUGGGGCAUACCACCCCGCGCUGUCGGAUUACACCAUCUUUGUGGAGAACCAGGCCCAGGCCUUCCUCGGAGGGCCCCCGCUGGUCAAAAUGGCCACGGGGGAGGUGAUCGGGGCGGAGGAACUGGGCGGUGCGAAGGUCCAUGCGACAACAACCGGUCUGGCGGACCAGAUUGCCAGUGAUGAAUUCGAUGCAAUUCGCAAAGCCCGCGAGUGGGUGGCAUCCCUUCACGUACGAAAAGUGUCGGUCCCGACGCCAAUCCACGCCGUGGAGCCUCGCUACCCGGUGGAGGACCUGCUGUCGCUGGUGAACCCGGACAUCCGCAAGCCAUUUGACAUGCACGAGGUCCUCCUGCGGAUUGUGGAUGACUCUCGCCUGUCCGUGUUUAAACCAAAAUACGGCACUAACAUGAUCACUGCAUGGGCGCAUAUCCUGGGCUUCCCCGUGGGCAUUGUCGCAAAUCAACUCUCCGUCAUAAACCCUAACGAAGCGGUCAAGACGGCCCAGUUUAUCCGGAUGUGCAACCAGCAAAACACCCCGAUCGUCUUCCUCCACAACGUCACCGGGUUCAUGGUCGGCGCCAAAGCCGAACACGCCGGCAUCAUCAAGAUGGGAGCGCAGUUGGUCUCCGCCGUCAGCUGUUCCACCGUCCCUCACAUCUCCAUCAUUCUCGGGGCGUCGUACGGCGCCGGAAACUACGCCAUGUGCGGACGGUCCUACAAACCCCGUUUUAUCUUCACCUGGCCAACCGGCCGGUGCAGCGUGAUGGGCCCUGACCAGCUCUCUGGAGUGAUGGAGACGGUGCAGCGAUCGAGCGCCAAGUCCAAGGGUGAGGUGCUGUCGCCGGAGAAGCUGGGCAAACGGGUGCAGUCUUUCCGAGACAGUGCCCAGCGGGAUGGGGAGUGCUACUCGACAAGCUCAAUGCUGAUCGACGAUGGGGUCAUCGACCCGAGGGAUACGCGGGAUGUGUUGGGACUGUGUUUGGAGGUGGUCGGGUUGCCUGGCGUCAGUGGGACGUCAACGCAUAAUCUGCUGGCCAGGAUGUAGAGGGACUGUGUGAUACUACGGGGACUUUCUU